GCACUCUCUCUCUCCCCCCCAAAAGGUGCUGCAGGCAGUACAUUCCCAAUCCACGGCAUACACUUCCUCCUCCAUUCCAUCCAACAGAAACAAAAACGAAAUAAUGGUGCAAGGCUCCCUGAAAAAGAAGGCCGGCACGGGCCCGAAACGGCCACGUGCUCUGGGCCCAAAGCCUGGUCCGAGGCAGAUUGCGCCGAAGAAGCAGUCGUUGAUUAAGCAGCAGAAGAUGACGAAGAAACUUACGGCCGGGUUGAUUUCGAAGACGGAGCGGAAUCUUGCGCAGAAGGCCGGGCAUUUGGAGCUGCUGGCUGGAGGGAAGAAGGAUAAGAAGAAAGAGAGUGGGAAUGGGAAUAAGGGUGGGAAAUAAGUUGUGUUGUGUCUGGUGUGGUGGAUCUCUUUUUCGCAAUUCCUGGACAUGUCUUUUU